AUGAGAGUAGUCAGGAGUGGAUCUUUGACUUACUUGCGGAGCCUUAGCUCUGCCAUUUUGAUGGCCACAACGUCGAAAUCGUUCUCUGCAAGCAUCACGACGUUGGUUCAUCCCGCCGCCACCAAGAUUGAAAUCCCACAAGACACGUUGGACGCCAUUGACGACUUGGAACCGAAAUCUUUGUGGUCUCAGUUUGCCGUUCUGUCAUCGAUUCCUCGUCCUUCCAAACAAGAAGAUGCCGUCAUUCAAUACAUUAAGGAUUUUGCGGACCAUCACAAUCUAAAGUGGAAACAAGAUGCCGUGGGAAAUCUGGCCGUGUUUCAUCCUGGAUGUGGCACCGGCCAAGCGGCACCUCCUGUCGUGCUGCAGGGACAUGUCGAUAUGGUGACCGAGAAGAACAGUGACAAGGUUCACAAUUUUGAAACGGACCCCAUUCUUCUUCGGCGCUUCCAAAAGGCAUCGGAAAACUGGUUGGGUGCGCAAGGGACCACUUUAGGUGCCGACAAUGGUAUUGGUGUGGCAGCGGCACUGGCCCUCUUGCAGACUCCCACAACCGAUACUAGUAGUAGUAGUCGACCCAUGCCACCACUGGAGGCACUGUUUACCAUUGACGAAGAGACGGGGCUAACUGGAGCCACAGAACUCAAUGCUCAGGAACUGGGCCUUACUGGAACCACCAUGCUCAACCUAGACACGGAGGAGUGGGGGGAAUUGUACGUGGGUUGUGCCGGUGGUGGUGAAUCGACGUUGACACUGCCAUUGGAAAGAUCAUCAGAUGAUGUACUUGAAAACGAUGGUGAAUGGAAGCUCGUCGAAUUGAAAGUGGACGGACUCAUGGGAGGACACUCUGGUAUCAACAUUCACGAAGGGAGGGCCAAUGCAGUUCUAUUGUGUGCUGCCGCAACCCAACAAGCCCUCCAGCAUGAAGGGGUCCAUCUUGUUUCUAUUACUGGAGGCGACAAACACAAUGCCAUUCCCAGAGAAGCCAGAGCCCACUUGCUCGUUUCCGGCAAAGAUGCCCAAGCAGCUGUCCAAAAAGUUGCGGAAACCAGUCAGUCUGCUGCAAAGGCAGAGUACGGUGUGUUGGAAUCGAAUUUACGUGUUGUUGUUGUUGCUACAGACGACGGCGAUGAAUCAAGCGACUCGUGUCUUAAACCAUUGAAAAAACAAUCCGCCAGCCGCCUUUUAUCCAUGUUGCUUUCAUUGCCGCAUGGUGCCAUCAAGUUUUCACACUCGAUUCCUGACUUGGUGGAAACAUCCAACAAUGUGGCAUCCCUAACAAUGGACGAUGAUGACAAGGCCACCAUUCUGUGUUCGACUCGUUCUUCCAUCGCCACGGCACUGGAAUCCACCAGAGAUCGGCUGACCGCAGUGGCCUCGCUGGCUGGAGCCACCAUCGAAAAGACACCACCGUAUCCUGGUUGGAAUCCAAACAUGGAGUCUCCAGUGCUUCAAAUGGCCAAAAGCUUGCUCUCGCAGCGACUCAAUCGGACGCCUGGAAUCAAGGCAAUUCACGCAGGAUUGGAGUGUGGGUUGCUCAUUGAAAAGAUGGGUGGCAAUGUAGAUGCUCUGAGCUUUGGGCCCACCAUUGAAGGCGCUCACUCUCCGGAUGAAAGUAUUCACGUUGACACCGUACCUCCAUUCUUUGAUUUGGUGCAGGAUAUCCUAGCCGAGCUGGCCGAGAAACGGGCAUAA